UUUGUCAGAAGUGAUUUGAAGACAGUAUCUCAGCUGGAGGCUGUGAUUUAUUCUAAUGUUUACCUCUGAGAAUUUACUUUGAAAAUUGGAGAUUCCCUCUAUUUUAAAGCUUGUUUGUAGUUUAUGCAAUCUAAAUAUUUUUUUUUAUUUAUGUUUAGCAGAUAUUUUUGGAAAAUGAUAUAGAAAAUGACUGGAAAUCAAAUGAGCAUCCAAAGAAGAGCUUAGGUUCUUAACAUUCUUUUAAAAAUAACCUGCUUCCAAAAUGUCAGUACACACUGCUCAUAAUAGAAAUCACAGUGAUGUCCUUGAAAUUCCUUCUUUUUCUAAGAGUUCAUCACGGAGUGCCCUCACCCACAGGCACUUGCAUUUGAAAUCAGAUAUGUCAGAAUGUGAAAAUGAUGAUCCAUUGUUGAGAUCUGCAAGUAAAAUCAGAGACAUAAAUAGCACUUAUGUUAUUUCUGCCUGUAAAAAAACAGGAGAUAUGCCCCUUACCCCUAAUCCUGUGGGUAGAUUGACACUUCAGAGAAGAGCCACAAGGAACAAAGAAUCAUCUUUACUUGGCUGUGAGUUGGGAGACACAACUGAAAAAAUAGCAAAUCUUACAUUACAGCGUCGUGCUAAAACAGAUUCUGUGGAAAAGUGGAAAACAACACAGAAUAGGGGAGAUGAAAGAGACAACAGUUGUGCUUCACUGGAAACUAGAACAAAUGUAAAGAUUGUAAAUAGUGACAAAAACUGUUUUGUUGAAUCUUCUGUACAUUUAGCUGAAGACUCAAAAGACAUUGAAGUGAUGGUUGAUGAGAAACGUAAAGAAACAUUUCUGUUUAGUGGAGCAAAUGAAAAUGUUGCACAUAAGUACUCAAGGAAUAGAGGACCCAUUGGUUCCCAGGGUCUGACUGAAGUUGUUAGAUCAGGAUACUUGGCAGUGAAACCUAUUCAGAACAAGUCGGAUAUCAAAGUGUCAGGAACAGGAAACUUGUAUCAUAGAAAUAUUGGGAAGGACCCUGCAAAAGAUUCAAAUAAGUUUGGAAGCUUUGAAAAAAGAACCCCUGUGAAAUGUAUAACAGAAAACAAAUUGACACCAAAGCACAGCACACCUCAGCUUAAAAGCCCAGCUACAUCAAUACUGAAAAAUAGGAUGCACAGCCUUCAAGUUAAGCCAAGUCCAAAAAUCUCUCUUUUUGGAAAUAAAAGGGAAAAGUCACAAGAAAAUACACUCCCUCCUGAAGAAGAAACUGUAGUUCAGAACACCACUGCAGACAUAGAUGCCCUGAAAGUGGAGAAUAGUCAAGUGACAGUGGCAGUACGUGUAAGGCCUUUCAGCAAAAGAGAGAAGAUUGAAAAAGCAUCUCAAGUGGUCUUCAUGAAUGGGGAGGAAAUAUCUGUGCAACAUCCAGACAUGAAACAAGUUUAUACUUUUAUUUACGAUGUUUCAUUCUGGUCUUUUGAUGAAUGUCAUCCUCAUUACGCCAACCAGAAGACAGUCUAUGAGACACUGGCGGAACCACUCCUACAGAGAGCCUUUGAAGGCUACAAUACCUGUCUCUUUGCUUAUGGUCAGACUGGCUCUGGAAAAUCAUAUACGAUGAUGGGAUUUAGUGAAGAACCAGGAAUAAUUCCAAGAUUUUGUGAAGAUCUUUUUGCUCACGUAGCCAAAAAACAGACCCAAGAGGUCAGCUAUCACCUUGAAAUGAGCUUCUUUGAAGUAUACAAUGAAAAAAUUCACGACCUUCUGGUUUGUAAAGGUGAAAAUGGGCAGAGGAAGCAAUCACUGAGAGUGAGGGAGCAUCCUGUUUCUGGACCAUAUGUUGAAGCACUGUCAAUGAAUGUUGUCAGUUCUUACUCUGAUAUCCAGAGUUGGCUAGAAUUAGGAAAUAAACAAAGAGCAACUGCUGCCACUGGUAUGAAUGAUAAAAGUUCCCGUUCUCAUUCAGUUUUUACCCUGGUGAUGACCCAGACCAAGACAGAAUUUGUGGAAGGGGAAGAACACGAUCACAGAAUAACGAGCCGCAUAAACCUGAUAGAUCUGGCAGGCAGUGAGCGCUGCUCUGCAGCCCACACUAGUGGAGAGCGACUGAAGGAAGGCGUGAGCAUUAACAAGUCCUUACUAACUUUGGGAAAGGUUAUAUCUGCACUAUCUGAACAAGCAAACCGAAAGAGGGUUUUUAUUCCUUAUCGUGAGUCUGUUCUUACAUGGCUGUUAAAGGAAAGUCUGGGUGGAAAUUCAAAAACUGCAAUGAUUGCCACGAUCAGUCCUGCUGCCAGUAACAUAGAAGAAACAUUAAGCACACUUAGAUAUGCUAACCAAGCCCGGAUGAUAGUCAACAUUGCCAAAGUAAAUGAAGAUGUGAAUGCUAAGUUAAUUAGAGAAUUGAAAGCAGAAAUUGAAAAGCUAAAAGCUGCUCAGAGAAACAGUCGGAACAUUGACCCUGAACGAUACAGGCUCUGUCGGCAAGAAAUAACAUCCUUAAGAAUGAAACUGCAUCAACAGGAGAGAGACAUGGCAGAAAUGCAAAGAGUAUGGAAGGAAAAGUUUAAACAAGCUGAAAAAAGAAAACUUGAAGAAACAAAGGAAUUACAGAAAGCUGGAAUUACAUUUCAAAUGGUCAACCACUUGCCAAACCUUGUUAAUCUCAAUGAAGAUCCACAACUAUCAGAGAUGCUACUGUAUAUGAUAAAAGAAGGAGUAACUACAGUUGGAAAGUAUAAAGCAGACUCAAGCCAUGAUAUUCAGUUAUCUGGGGUGUUGAUUGCUGAUGAUCAUUGUACUAUCAAAAAUUUUGGAGGGACAGUGAGUCUUAUCCCAGUUGGGGAAGCAAAAACAUAUGUAAAUGGAAAAAAUAUUUUGGAACCUACAGUAUUACAUCAUGGUGAUCGGGUGAUUCUUGGUGGAGAUCAUUAUUUUAGAUUUAAUCAUCCUGUUGAAGUCCAGAAAGGGAAAAGACCAUCCAGUAGAGAUACUUUUAUAAGUGAGGGUCCAAAAGACUUUGAAUUUGCCAAAAAUGAGUUACUUAUGGGACAGAGAUCACAACUUGAAGCAGAAAUAAAAGAGGCACAUUUGAAGGCAAAGGAAGAAAUGAUGCAAGGAAUCCAAAUUGCAAAAGAAAUGGCUCAGCAAGAGCUUUCUUCUCAAAAAGCUGCAUAUGAAAGCAAAAUACAAGCCCUGGAAACAGAACUGAGAGAAGAGUCUCAAAGGAAGAAAAUGCAGGAAAUAAAUAACCAAAAGGCUAAUCAUAAAAUUGAGGAAUUAGAAAAGGCAAAGCAGCAUCUUGAACAGGAAGUAUAUGUCAACAAAAAGCGAUUAGAAAUGGAGACUUUGGCUACAAAGCAGGCUUUAGAAGACCACAGUAUCCGCCAUGCAAGAAUUCUGGAAGCUUUGGAAAAUGAAAAACAAAAAAUUGCUAAAGAAGUGCAAAUUCUACAGCAGAAUCGGAGCAAUAAGGAUAAAACUUUUACAAUUCAGCCAAAUUGGAGCACCAUGAAGCUUUCAAUGAUGAUUCAGGAAGCCAAUGCCAUCAGCAACAAAUUUAAAAAAUAUUAUGUUUUUGGCAGACAUGAUGCAUCAGAUAAAGGUAGUUGUGAAACUUCUAUUCGGGUUCGUAACCUACAACUUGGGAUCUCAACUUUCUGGAGUCUGGAAAAGUUUGAAUCUAAACUUGCAGCUAUGAAAGAACUUUAUGAAAGUAAUGGUAGUAACAGGGGUGAAGAUGUGUUUUGUGAUCCUGAAGAUGAAUGGGAACCUGACAUUACAAAUGCACCAGUCUCUUCAUUUUCUAGGAGGAGGAGCAGGAGUAUGAUGAAGAACAGAAGAAUUUCUGGUUGUUUACAUGACAUGCAAGUCCACCCAAUUCAGAAUUUGCAUUCCUCACAUACAUCAGGCUUAAUGGAGAAAUCAAGCACCAUUUGUUCAAAUUCGGCAGAAUCAUAUCUCCCGGGAAUUUGCAAAGAAUUGAUUGGCUCAUCAGUAGAUUUUCUUGGACAGAGUUAUGAUGAAGAAAAAACUAUAGCAGAUAGCCUGAUAAAUAAUUUUCUUAAAAUUUAUAAUGGGCUGUUUGCCAUUUCCAAAGCCCAUGAAGAACAAGAUGAAGAAAGUCAAGAUAACUUGUUCUCUUGUGAUCGAGCAGCCCAGUUGCUUAUUAUCCAAAUUGCUUGUGCUUUUGAGCAGCUUGUGGUUUUAAUCAAACACUGGCUGAGUGAUUUUCUACCUUGUACUGAUGUAGCAACACUUGAAGAUGAAUUGAGACAAGAAGUUAAAAAACUGGGAGGCUACUUACAGUUAUUUUUACAGGGAUGCUGUUCAGAUAUUUCAUCAAUGGUAAAAGAGGCUCAAAAUAAAGUGAUCCAAAUUAUACAACAAGCUGUUAAGUAUGUGGGACAGUUAGCCAUUCUGAAAGGGAACAAGCUGUAUUUUCUGGAAAAUGGUAACAAUAAGCCUGCCAGUAUCCAGGAGGAUUUCAUGGGUGCUAUUUGUGAUGGUGUAGGCUCAGGAAUGAAGAUUCUAUUAGAUUCUGGACUGGAAAAAGCAAAAGAAUUUAAGCAUGACCUCUUAAGGCAGUGUGUACAAAAUGAGGUUACUAAACAGAUGAAAGAUAGUGCCAUGGGAUUGAUCAACUCUCUUGAAAAUAUCUUUUCUGAAUGGAAAAAAAAAAGUUUCAGAACUCAAGUACAAGAAGACUCUGGAUACCAGAAUUCCAAGAAGAUGUCUAAUCUUGCCCCAGAAUUCUUGAAGUUAAAACAUUGCUUAGAGAAAACCAUUCAAGUUAUUAUUUCUGCACUGAGAGGAUGCCACACUGAUGUACAUCUUCUUAAGAAUUGUGUUGAAACUAUUUGUAACUUGACCAGUGAUGUUCACAAUGACUUCAAGGACCUCUCCACUUCCGUCGACAACUGUGAGAAGCAAAUACAAGCUAGUCACAGCAAACUAGAAUCUCUAGCUAAGUCACUUCUCUUAUGUUUUGAAUCUGAAGAAAGACCUGAUUUGUUGAGACCCCAGGAAUUUUGUAAUCAAGACACUAGAGAAGAAGAGGAGCAAUCCAAAUCAAGCAGGACCGACUACAGUAGGAAUAAAGGUGUACCAAAGUAUGUCUAUGAACUGCAGGACAAUAUGUCCCCGGCAGCGAGUUCACAGGGAUGCAUGCCCAGUAGGAUUCAGUGGGUGUGAGUGCCAGCACAUAGGCACUUGGUGAUCAUCCAUGAAAAAAAAGAAAACUUGGUAGGCAGUUUUCCUUAUGCAGGAGAAUAUGAAAAGAAAUCAGUGUAUUUAUUUCAAAGAAGUCCAGUCUGUUGAUGACCUUACACUGAGUGUGGACAAGAUAAGCAUUGUGGAAUCAUUUCAAAAUGCCAAAAUGUGCACUCAGAAUUUUCUCAGCUGACAAUUUUAAAUGGGUGUUUACUAUAUUGGAACAUUUAGCCAAGAGAAUGAAAUUAGGAAUUCAGGACCGAGUGAAUGGUUGUGUCUUUCAGUUUUUCAGUUGUCUUGAAUUUUAUGUUUAACACUGAUAUACCAUCUCUUGUGCUUUGUUAAUGUGUUUGUACAUGGUUAUUUUUUCAUAAAUGGUGGAAACAUGAAUAAUCAGUAUACCUUUGGGCCUGUGCAUUCUCUUCCCUGCAAAUAGCUAGGAUAAGAUUUAUGGUGAAAUUGCCAAUACAAAUUUAACCAGGCAGCUUAUUUGCAUUCUUAAAUCUAAAACUUUUCCAAAGAGUUAACUGGUUUCCCAUUUUUAAUAGUAUACAUGUUUGAGGCAUGAUUUCCUAUUUCUUUACAAAUUAUAAAUAUUACCUAAGUAUAUAGUAUAAUUACAUAUUAGUAAUAUGACUUACUGGCAUAAUAAUUUACUGUGUUAUCUGUUUCAAAAUGAGACUAUAUUAGAGUAAUUUAAUGAAAUGUUGUCAGAAUCCCAUUUGGGAGAUCAGAGACUGGUUCUUUUCUUGACAUUGCUUGCUUUGCUAAAGGUGUAAUGAAAGGGUUUGUGUAUGAUUUGAUGAAGAUUAAAGACCCUAAUUAUCAACUGGGUAUAACUUGUAAUCCCAGCCACUUGUGAGACUGAGGCAGGAAGAGCACAAGUUCCAGGCCAACCUUAGCAACUUAGCAAGACUGUGUCUCAGAAUUAGAAAAAUAAAAUGAAAAGGACUGGGGGUGUAGCUUAGUGGUAGAGCACCCCUGAGUUCAGUUCCCAGCAUCAUACACAAACACACACACACAAAAUCCUUAUUAUAUUUCAUAGCUUUAAAAAUCCUUUACCUAUGAUCAAGUAAUAAAGAUAAUAUUCUACUGGUAGAAUCUUCCAUUAUGGAAAUAAUCUGAUAGUUUUUACCUCAAAAAUGUGUGUGAUUUGAAAAGACACUUAGUAACUCUGCUUGAGUGACAUUAGCAUUUUCCUGAGAAUGAUUUUUUUCAGAUAGAUACCACCUGAUAUAACUAGUUGAAACUGACUGUCAGUUCCUUGAAUAGAUCUGAUGGUUUCCAUGUUAGGGAGAUUGCAAAUCGAUUCUGGUCAUGGUAAAUUCUGGUCAGCACUUUUACUGUCAAAUUUGACAGAGUAUACAUAUACAUAUAAGGAUUUUUCCUGAAGACUGUACUUCCUUUAAAAACUUCCUAAAGUAUCAGAAUGAUAAUUUUCAUCUUGAUGUUCAAUAUUUAAUCUUUAGUUUCUGCUUUCAAAACUCAUGAUUUCAUUGUCAGAAACAGUGUCUUUGUAAAAUAUUGUGUAUAUAUAUAUUUAUGCUAAAUAACUUGUUAUACUGUAUUUGACUGAAUGUUGAAAACAUAUGGGCUAUUAAAAUCAUAUGCUCUGAAAAGACAUAAAGAGAAUGCCUUUAAUAAAUCCUGUCA